CUUCAAUGUCCGUCUCUGUCUCUCAUACCUUUUGAACAAUCCUCAGAACCUCUCAACCUCCGCCGACUUUAGGUUCUCAAUCUCAUUCUCUCCCUGCUUCGUUCUUGGUGUUUUAUUAGUCUUUGCUUCAAAGAUGGGAAGGGCAAAGAAGCCUCAGAAGUUUGCUGUUAUGAAGAAGACGAUAAGCCACAAAGCUCUCAAGCAUUACAAGGAGGAGGUUUUGAAUCCAAACAAGAAGGACCUCACUGAACUUCCCAGAAACGUUCCGAAUGUUCCAUCAGGGAUGUUCUUUUCGCACAACACUAAUAUGGUUCCUCCUUUCCGAGUUCUGGUCGACACUAACUUCAUCAACUUCUCUAUUCAGAACAAGAUUGAUAUUGAGAGUGGGAUGAUGUUCUGUUUGAACGCAAAAUGCACUCCUUGUAUCACGGACUGCGUCAUGGCUGAGCUUGAGAAGUUAGGCCAGAAGUAUCGUGUCGCGCUAAGGAUUGCGAAGGAUCCUCGCUUUGAGAGACUUCCUUGUGUACACAAAGGAACAUAUGCUGAUGACUGUCUCGUUGACAGAGUUACUCAGCAUAAGUGCUUCAUAGUGGCUACUUGUGAUAGAGACUUGAAACGAAGGAUUCGAAAGGUUCCUGGUGUGCCUAUCAUGUAUUUGGCGGGGCGCAAGUACUCAGUAGAGAGGCUGCCUGAAGCAACACUUGGUAGAGCUCCAAGAUAUUGAUAUUCUGAAUCUAGGCACGUAUGGACUCUUGAGAUGAUCUGAAACCUGAGUUAGUGUCUGAAUCGAGUGUUGUGAUGUCUUGUGCGAAUUUUUGUUCUCUGAGUUUGUUAAUCUGCUCUGUUUGAAUACAAAGUUAUUUUAUAACUGAAUCCAAAUCCUUACAGUGCCUUUACACUUCAAGCCUUGUUAAACACAUAU